AUGGAUGCCUUUAUUCUGCGAAGUCAUUUGGAAAACUUGGAGUGCCAUUUCACCUGGGAGUUAGACUGUAGCCGAUCUAAACUUGAGAACCUCCACCAAGAUCUCAAGGAUCGCAUUUACUUUGGAUGCACCUGGACGUGCCAGUUGCACAGCCUCCUUGGAUACGUCCUUCAUGCCCUGGGCUCCAGUGACGAGGCCUUGACCUGCCUGGAGGAAGCAGAGAAGAUGAUCAGAGAGCAUGAGGAUGAAGAGAAAGACUGCCUCCUGCUGGUCAACCAGGCAAACCUCGCCUGGGUGCACUACUUCCGGGCUGAGCUGGCAGAGAGCCAAGCUUAUCUGGAAGAAGUGACUCGACUUCAGGAGGAUUUACCUGCCUCACCCGGUUCCGAAAUUCACCCAGAGUUUAGUGCACAGAAAGGCUGGGCACUGGUCAUGUUUGAGAGAAGCCACCAGCGACUAGCAAUAGAGUGCUUCAAAAUGGCCGUGAUCGGUAAUCCCCAGAAAAGACUCUUUCGCAAAGGCCUUGCUCUUGCCAUGGACAAAGUCUACUUUGGACAAACGCUCACCCCAGAUUUAAGGAGGGAAAUCAGAGAAAAUCUCAGGGUUGUCAGACAGAUGGAUGAAAAUGACAUGUGGGUGACAAUAAUGUACCUGAAUAAUGCACUUUGCAAUGGUGAGGACAGAGAGCAGUUUCGGCAACAGGUGAACACAGCGGCAGAUAAACUGAUUGCCUCUGGGCGUCUUGAAGGUCUCAGUAACCUCCUGUUCCUACUCACUUCGUUCUACAAAGAAUAUGACAAAGCCAUAGGUGUUGCAGAGACAAUAUGUGAUGAAAUCUAUUCUUCUCUGUUCGACUUGCCCUAUGUUAGCCGCAGCUACAAUGGACAAUUGUUUCUGAGGAAGUGA